AUGAAGGAGGCAGAGAUCAUGGAUCCGGGAAUGGAGAACAUGGUGGGCAAAGAGGAGAGCCCACCCAGCUACGCCCAUACCGAGAAGAAGCCGACCGAUCUUCCUGACCCCGAGGGCCGUGAAGCAGGCAACUUGAGUGCGAUCUUUGAAAACCCUCUGGCUGGAAUUCCUCGCGCGCAGCUUUUUGCUGAUGUCGAAGAGUUCUGUACCAAGUUUGGUCUGAUGGACGAUGUUGAGAUCUUCAAGAAGGGUGCUCUAAUCUCGCAGGAUCCUGCCUCUGCAACGAGUCUUCCCGAGUUGACUGAGGAUGAACGGGAGGCUGUGAUGCGCGAGCAUACCCAUCGAUGGUCACAGCCCUGGCAGUUGUAUUUUUUGGCGGCAAUGUGCUCUCUUGCCGCCGCCGUCCAGGGCAUGGAUGAAACCGUCAACAACGGGGCCCAGGCUAUUUAUCUAAAACAACUCAAUAUCACCUCGGACAACAUCAUUGGCCUUGUUGUCGGUGCGCCAUACUUGUGCUGUGCCUUAAUCGGCUGCUGGCUGACCGAGCCUUUGAACCGAUACUUUGCCCGCCGCGGCACAAUUUUCAUUUCCUGUUUUAUUGCAGCAGUUGCCUCGGUGUGGGAAGGUGUUUGCAACUCAUGGGUCAACCUCUUCAUCGCGCGCUUCGUGCUCGGACUAGGAAUUGGAACCAAAUCCUCCACAGUCCCCGUAUAUGCCGCCGAAUGCUCUCCUGCACCAAUCCGGGGUGCCCUCGUGAUGAUGUGGCAGACAUGGACCGCCUUUGGUAUUAUGCUGGGCAACAUCAUGGGAGUGGCCUUCAUGGACCUGCCCCCGAACCUGAGCUGGCGCCUCAUGCUGGGCUCUACCGUCGUCCUCCCUCUGGUCGUCUGUGCACAGGUGUAUAUCUGUCCCGAGUCUCCACGAUGGCUGAUCCAGCACAAUAAGAUCAAAAAGGCCUAUACCAACUUCAAGAUCCUGCGGCCUACCGAGCUCCAAGCUGCCAGAGACCUGUACUACGCCUACGUGGGCGUGGAACUGGAGCGCAAGGUCAACACCGGCAAGAACUUCUUCACCAUGCUCCUCGAACUCUUUACAGUUCCUCGCAACCGUCGUGCUACUCUGGCAACCUGGAUCGUAAUGUUCAUGCAGCAGUUCUGUGGCGUGAAUGUCAUUGCAUAUUACUCAACCACCAUCUUCGAGCAGUCCGGAUACGGGCUGAAGAAUGCACUUUUGGCCUCGAUGGGAACAGGUAUUCUCAACUGGGUGUUCGCACUGCCUGCAUUUUUCACAAUCGACACCUGGGGGCGGCGCAACCUGUUACUGUCGACGUUCCCGCUACUGUCCCUCACGCUGUUCUGGGCCGGCUUCUCCUUCUGGAUAGACGAUACCAAAAAGCGAGUCGCCAUGGUCACCACGGGCAUGUAUUUGUUCGAGGUGUUCUACUCACCUGGUGAAGGCCCCGUCCCCUUUACAUACUCCGCCGAAGCCUUUCCACUGCACGUGCGGGAGGUCGGCAUGUCCUGGGCUACUGCGACAUGCUGGUGCUUUAAUUUCCUCUUGUCGUUUACUUGGACCCACCUCGUCCGUGCGUUUAAGCCGCAGGGUGCUUUUAGUUGGUAUGCAGCUUGGUGUCUGAUGGGUUGGAUUAUGGUACUUUUGUUCGUGCCGGAGACGAAAGCCCUGACUCUGGAGGAACUCGACCAAGUCUUUUCCGUGUCCACACGGAAGCAUGCUGCGUAUCAGAUCAGAAACGCCAUCUGGCACUUCCGCGUCUGGAUUCUUCGCCAGAAACUGGAGCCUCUUCCAAACUUUUACAAAGGCGCAGAACGUCUUGCUGAAGUUGGCGAUGCAGCGGAGAAGUAG